UUCGGAUUGCUCAUUGCACGGCUAGGAAUCUCGAGUUCAGUGAACUUAUCACCGUCCUCCUUUACCCUCGAAGCUCUGUGAGCCCACUUUUGAACACUAGCAUCUCCUAGCCCCGAGGAUCGACAAAAAUAUAAUGGGAAACAGCGAAUCUAACUGGCGUUUCUCCGCCAUGCGGCUUGGCAGCGCGACAGCACCAUGUCUCCUGGUUUUCGUGCUCCUUGCGGCGGCGCCUUCCCCAGCUGUAGCGCGUCAUCCCGACCAGGACAAGCCGCAUGGCCCUCUGACCAUGACACCCAAAGGGUGCUACAAGAGAUGCAACAAUCUUCGAAUGGGAUACUUCAUUAAACAUCCCUCCCACACGAGGGCGUCGGGACCGGCUAACACCGUCGCGAACAUCAACUACGAGCGCUACCUCGUUGACACGGCGAAUGCAAAAGUCGUCGGGUCGGCGUCAACUUCAGGGAACCCAGGGGAGGAAGUGCAAUGCUGCAGGAAGUGCGCAGAGACGACUGGCUGCAGAUUCUGGCACCUCAGGGCCCACGGAAACGGUGUUCCUGGCGAAUGCACAUUACUGGGCUCGCUGGCGGGGAUCACCGUGACCAACUGGGACAGAGCGAUUGCUAUAACCUACCUUGGAGGAGAGUGCAACCCUGAAGCCGGUACCAAGGACGAUCCGCAUUUCCUGGGAGCGGACGGCACGAGCUUCGACUUCAAUGGGCUGCUCGGCCGAUCCUUCUGCCUCAUCUCCGACCGUCGGAUCCACAUCAACAUGGGCAUCAAUGGCUACCGCCCCAUCGCGAAUCUCCCGGGCACUGCCACGUCACUGGACGAAGCCUCGCUCGCUGCAGCGCUGGAAGUUGUGGCCAGUGAGAAAAAGCCACAUCACAUUCGGGAGCUGGAGAAGGAACAGUUGAGUGCAGAAGAAGUUGCUGAGCUGGAAAGGAUGAGGGCCAAUGGGAGCCUGCCGUUGACUGCUGAGGUGACGGCGGCGCUCGAACGGGAAAGUGGGAAUCGUGGGGACGAGGAAAAGCACUCGAUUCAGUAUGGAGAGGAAGAGCUGAAAGCGAGGCUGCUUAAAGGGAAGGCUAUUCGCAGCUGGAUCAGAGAGCUCCAAGUCAUGUGGCAUGAUGAGAUUGGUUCGCAGCACUCAGUGUACAUCAAGGCGCGAGACGGCAAGGAGCAGGGGCGGGGCAGCGGCGGAUUCAUUGACCGGAUGGAAAUCGACGGCCAGCCGGUGGCCCCUCCUUUCGCAGGCGGCUCUUCUGUCUCCGGCACUGGCGGCCUAAAGCUGCUCCUGGCGGACACGCGGAGGAGCCGCAAGGGGAAAGAGGAGGAUGAGUUUCGACUGACAAUCGAGGGGCUGCUGGAUAUGGAGGUGACAGCGCGCGUGGCGCAUCCGCUCAUGCAGACUGCAGACGAGGCGCAGGCGCACUUCAACGUGCACAUAGUUCAGCUCAACCACACGGAGGGGAUUCACGGCGUGUUGGGGCAGACAUUCCGCAGUGAGGCGGUGCGCAAGGUGCGGUCGCUGCGGUACCGCCUGCUGACGCGGCUGCUGCGGGAGGCGGUGGACGUGGAGAGCGAGAGCGGCAGGGGGUUCCUGGACGGGCGCAUGGAGGACUACAUCACGUCGGGGAUCGGUGCACCGGAUUGCAUGUUCGCUGCCGCCUGGCGGAGGGGCGAGCAUGCGAGCAGUGACUGAAGCAGCAUGAUGAGUGGUUGUGAGGUCAUGUGAAGUGGCGCUGGGGGUUCCUGGAUGGGGCGCAAGGAUGUCAGGUUGCAUGUCCACUGUCGCAUGGCACAUGGUUGAGCAUCACAUAGCAGCUGCGGAAGCGAUUUCAUGCAAUGAGGAGUGCAUGUGAAGCGGAGAACCUUAGUUUGGCUUCAGAAAUAAGCGUGAACAUUGCUUGUUUCCUAGUUGAAUACAUAAGUUUCUUGUAGCUCAAUGUAUGUACCGUAUAUACGCGGUUUGCUUGCUGUAUCAGUAGUGUUU